AUGGAUAUAUUCUUUGGUACCUAUAACGCUCUUUCUAUAAGAGCUGCACUUGUUGAUAUUCUUCUAGAAAAUUAUGGUGCAGCGCCAACAGAUCCCCUCUAUUUCUCUAUUGUGCAAUCCAAGAAUCGGAGAGUUACCGCCUACUUAUCUUGUUUCAUGCACGGCGGACCCUCUAAGAGACGAUGCCAGGCUCUUCAAGCAGGAACUGGACCACCACAAGUAAGUGACUUGAAAUAUUUAUCUUUAUCACACUUUACUCAUUGGGUACCGAAUAAGAUAAACGAAUAUGAAGGGAUGCCGCACUAUUUCUGGGUAUUUCCCCAGCUGAAGCAGCGUGCGCAAUUUUUGGAAGAUUUGGUCAAUGGUAUUUGGUUUAUACUUGGCCAAUAG